AUGGAGAUGUGGGCAGCCCCCGUGCGUGCUGCCGCCCGAAUCAGCGGCUGGCUUUGCGGCCCUUCUCCCGACCUGGCGGUGAGAAGGCAGAACCAUGGGUUGCCCAACCUUGCGGAGCCCCAUAGGGGAAGAGGGCCCCUCUCCACUCCGCUGGUGGCUUCGGUCGGCUGCUAUGCAGCCGUGAAGGCCACCGCAGGGCAGAAACGGGCUGCUGCGAAGAAGCGGAAGAAGGGCCCCACACUGAAGCUGCUGAGAGAGAAGCUGAAAGAACUCGGCUUGCCCAGCUCCGGGCGAAAAGCCGAGCUCCUGGAACGGCUGCGCCUGGCGGUACUGGAGGCCACCGAUGAGGAAGAAGUUGACAUUCUGCCAGCGCUGAAGCAGAAUGGCUCUCGAGGUCUGGGUGACGUUGAAGACGCGGAAGCUCCAACUCCCUCUUCCAUGGGCUGGACCAGGGCCACGACCUCCCAGGAUCCCGAUGUCAUCCGACCUGGGGAUGAAGUCUUUCUGCGCGCGCACACUGGCUACUUUCUGGAUGUCGAAGCGGAUCGGGUCCAAGCCCGAUGGGAAGACAUGGGGGUGUGGCAGAGCCUGGUCAUCGAGAAGAGCCCGCUUGUUGUCGAGACCACAGACCCAAUGCAGUUUCAAGCCGGUGACUUGGCCUUCUUCCGAUGCCACACAGGCUGCUACCUGGACGUCCAGGAGGAGGGCAGCCCGGUACAGGCCCGAUGGCAGGACCUGGGGGUUUGGCAAGGUUUGGAAGUGGCAACCAAGCACGCAGGGCCCCUCAAGGUUGGCGACACCCUCUUCCUGAAGACCCACACCGGCAUGUACGUGGAUGUCCAAGGAGGUUCCGUGCAAGCCCGAUGGGCGGAUGAGGGUGAUUGGCAAGCCCUCACCAUCGAACGCUGA